CUUUCGGUCAGCCAUCAAGCUCGGCUCUCUCUGCUGCUUUCUCUCAUUUGGACAGGCACACACUCUAAUUACGUUUGGCAAUCCUAGAGCUGUGUAGAUCUAUCACUCUAUCCGUGCCUAAAUAUUUCUGGCGAGACUUUUAAACCGAAGACAGCGGUGAUUGGGCGGCGGAGUCACGCGGGCCGUAGUCGCUUCGCCCUGCCUAGAGUCACCCAGUCAGUCGGGGGAAGGCGAGUUUGCCUGCAAGCUGUUAUCUCUGUGGGGAGCUACCGUACGCACACCUCCACUUACAAUUAUUGUUAAUUACUGAACCCUCUUUGGUCUUUUGAGAUUUUUCUUUUCCACCAUGGGCGACAAAAAGAGCCCGACCAGGCCAAAAAGACAAGCCAAGCCAACAGCGGACGACGGCUUUUGGGACUGUAGCGUGUGCACUUUCAGAAACAGUGCCGAAGCGUUCAAAUGCAGCAUCUGUGAUGUACGGAAGGGCACGUCUACCAGGAAACCUCGGAUAAAUUCCCAGAUGGUGGCUCAGCAGGUGGCCCAGCAGUACGCUACCCCUCCUCCCCCAAAGAAAGAGAAGAAGGAAAAGCCAGAGAAGCCUGAGAAGGAUAAGGCUGAGGUGGAGGGUCUCGACAGAAAACCACCCGACAGCGAACCCACAGACAAGGACAAGAGCGAAAAGGAGCAGCCCGACAAAGAGAAGAAGGAUCGAGAGAAAGAGAUCACCCCAGUUAUAACCAAGAAACCCAACACCAAAAAGAACAGACCCAAGUCAGUCAUCCAUCAAAGCCCACCCAGUGAAAGAAACAGCAUUCAAACCAAAACCAAGAACCCUCACAUCUCCAGGCCCAAGCUGAAAAACAUUGACAGGAGUACAGCCCAGCAGCUGGCCAUCACGGUGGGGAAUGUCACAGUGAUCAUUACAGACUUUAAGGAGAAGACCCGCACCUCCUCCACCUCCUCAUCCACAGUCACCUCCAGCGCAGGCUCUGAACAGCAGCAUCAGAGCUCUGGCUCUGAGAGCAUGGACAAGGGCUCAUCCCGUGCUUCAACACCAAAGGGAGACCUCUUGGUCAGGCACGAUGAGUCAUUCUGAGCAACCCGGACACUGUCAAAACAGUGGGAACCCCAAGGGAUGUACUUUUUCUCCAUUCUCCUUCACUUUACCCUGAGCCGGCUCUUCUUCAUUUCUGUCACUGAAAAAUGGAUGUACAUUCAUUCCUCUAUACACACACACUCGAAUACAUGUGCAUUUUUUGUGAAUGGUGCAAACAACACUGGACAAUGGAUUUGGGCCUUUGGGCAACAUUUUCCUCCCUACCCUUACUGGAGGCAUCCCACUCUUGUAUGUAUUGUUUUAUAUUUGUAAGUGGAUAUGCAACUGAAUCAACUUUCUUUUUUUUUUCAGACAAAAAUUUAUAUGUAAAUGUCCGAUGUGCACAAAACCCACAAACAUUUUAAUGAUUCCGGACUUUUUUUCUCUUAUUUAUUAUGUUGCAUCUUUCUACUUAUUUUUUUUAAGCUUUGCUCAGCUUAAGUAGCUCAAGCCGACAACUUCCCUCUAGUGUUCAACGAUUUUGACGGAAACUCCUGAGAAACUUCUCAUAGUGGUGCUCGAUAUACUGUGAAACGGUUUCAGUCAUCAGACUGGCGUCCAGACCAUGGAAAAACAGAAUUCAAUGGAAAUAUUUAUGCUCUGGUGUCAGUCUGCAUUCUUCUUUUGCUUUGAUUUGGGAUUUUCCAUUAGGCAAGACUGAUUUGUGCACUGGGAUCCCAAGAAGUGUCAUCUGAGGAUACUUUCCCUACUAAAUAAAUAGAAUGGUCUUUUGCAUCUUUUCUGUGACAACUGGGAAUUACAGACUACAAGAAGACAUUGUGAUCUUUGGAUUGGAAAACACAGAGUUGUUCUCAAGAAACAGCAUCAAUAACAGAACUUUAAUGCGUUAACAUCAGGUUUUGCAGAUGUAUUCAGAACUUUUUUAAUUUGACAGCUUUUGUUGUCUUUUAUGGUAUAUACAUGUGACGUAUUGUAAAAACACUAAAAAGUUUUGACGUCUCAAGUCCAUAUGCCUUUUAAUGUUGAAAGCUACAUUUUUUUGUUCUGUAGAUUGUUUGUUUGUUUUUCUGAUUUAAAAGAAACCGAUUUUAAUGUUAGGACCUUACUCAGCUUGUUUAAUCUAAACACAAAUUUUUGUGUUGUAAUUUUUCCACUACUCAAAAAUUCCAUUGAUUGGCCAUGUGGCAUUUAUAAAACAGUACAACUGCUAGAAAUAGAAGACAUUAAAGAAAUUGAUGUGACUUGUGAAUGUGCUUGAGAAAACUUGACUCACUCACUUAAUGCAAGGGAAUUCUUGCCAGCAAAGUGUCCAGUACUAAAAUGUUUCUAUUUGUUUAUUUUAAUUUCACAUAAAAGAGUCAAAAGCAUGAUUUCAGACAAUAACCCCCCUCCCCAUCAAUUCAAAAUACUCUAAAUAAGAUGUCCAGCUGGCAGUCCCACAAAAAUAAAAUAGUCAGCAUAUCUUCCCUUUAGAACUGUAUUAAACUUGUACAAAGUAUGUGUAUAUGAUAUGAGUUUUAUUUAUUGAAGGACCAAAGGAAUUUGAUAUUGAUGACAUGUUAGGCAAAUUAAUAAUUCAAAAUGUAAUUACCAUAUGUGUGAUAUAACAUUUUAAUAAAGUCUAAUAU